AUGCUUUACAUAUUAUUGAUUAUAGCGUUAAUAUUGGUGCUUUUGCACCUUUAUAUUAAUUACCAUGAAGAUGCUAGAAUAUUCUUGAAGGUGCCAGGGAUGAAGGACAGAUUUCUUAUUGGGAAUGCUUUGGAAAUAUUUGUACCUCCAGCUAAACUGUUUACAUUAAGAACUUCGUUGGCUAAUAGGUUCAAAGGAAUAUAUAGAUUUUACUCUUAUCCCUUUAAAUCUAUAAAUAUUUAUAAUCCGGAAGAUGUAGAGACUAUAUUAUCUAGUAUGAAAUUUUCUGAGAAGUCUAGUUUGUAUGGAUUCAUCAAAUCAUGGCUCGCAGAAGGGCUCCUACUUAGUAGUGGUUCAAAAUGGCAACAACGCAGAAAGAUCUUGACACCUGCUUUCCAUUUUGAUAUUUUGCGACAAUUCCACGUAGUUAUGGAGGAAAACAGUAAACGACUGACAGAUACUUUAGCUGAUACCUCAGAAGAGAUUUUUAAUAUUAAACCAGUCAUCACUGAUUAUACUUUAAACACUAUAUGUGAAACUGCUAUGGGAAUGAAGUUAUCAGAAGAAACGUCAGCUUCUGGAAUUUCUUAUAAAAAGGCAAUACUGAGUCUUGGAAAUAUAUUAGCACAACGUUUCAGUAAAGUAUAUCUAUUUGUCGAGUUUAUUUAUAGCUUAUCUUCAUUGAAGGCUAUGCAACAGAAAUAUAUAGAUAUAGUGCAAAGAUUCACAACAGAUGUAAUUAAUAAACGAAAGAAAAUGUUAAUGGAAAAUGGAUCAACAAUUGCUCUAACGGAACCAGAAGAAAAUGACGUUUAUAAAAGGAAAAGGAAAGCUGCUUUUUUAGAUUUAUUAUUAGCAGCUGAAAAUGAUGGACUAAUUGAUAGGAGUGGCAUACAAGAAGAAGUAGAUACGUUCAUGUUUGAGGGCCAUGAUACAACAGCCGCUGGAAUUACAUUUUUGUUUCUGAUGCUCGCAAAUCAUCAAGAUGUACAGGAUAAAGUAUAUGAAGAAAUGAAGAGUAUAUUUGGUGAUUCAGAAAGAUCUGCUACUACCGAUGAUUUAUCACAAAUGAAGUACUUGGAACUUUGUAUAAAAGAAACUUUAAGGCUUUAUCCCCCAGUGCACUUUGUGGCAAGGAUGUUGAAUGAAAGGGUAAAAUUAAGUAAUUACACGAUUCCAGCUAAUACUGAUUGCAUGAUACAUAUAUUUGACCUACAUCGUAGGGAAGAUUUAUAUAAAAAUGCAUUAGCUUUUGAGCCUGAACGAUUUUUACCUGAAAAUAGUGUAGGUAGACAUCCGUAUGCUUAUAUACCAUUCAGUGCUGGACCUAGAAAUUGUAUAGGUAAAAAAUUCGCAAUGAUGGAAAUGAAAUCAGCAAUGUCAGCGGUGAUUAGGCGAUACAAACUGGAACCGAUAACCAAACCAGAGGAAGUUCGAUUCGCCGGUGAUCUUAUUCUAAGAUCUAUUGAUCCUAUUUACGUGAAGGCUGUUAGAAGAAAAAUAUGA